GAGGAGCUUGGCCAAAAUGGCUGCGAAAUGAAAAUGAAGAUGUUGCCGAUUUCCUGAAGUUAUUUCGGUGUACUGGCUCUCCCUUACGCGAUGUCAGCCCCAAGAAAAACCUCAUCUGGUUCAGGAGGAACAACAUCUCCACCACCUCGACUUGGCUCUCAGAAAAGCAGUCAGUCUACCCUGAGUUGGACAGAUGACCUGCCUGUCUGCCAUUUGUCUGGUGUAGGAUUCUCCACCAACCAGGUUUACCGCGAAGAUGGAUUUAGGAGAGAGAUGCAUGAAUUUGAGGACAGGAGUUUCCAUUUUAGGGUUGAAGAUAAUUGUUUUCUGUAUGGUGUAUUUGAUGGCCAUGAUGGCAGCAAGGCUUCGAACUUUGCUGCUCAGAGAAUGCCAGCAGAGUUGUUACUUGGUCAACUCGCUGGAAGGGAAACAGAUGAUGAGAUACACGAAAAUCUCAGACAGGCCUUCAUAGCAGUGGAAAAGGGCUUCUUUGAUUCCAUUGACGAUGCGCUGGCAGAGCGGGCUAAUCUCCAGCUACAACUCCCAGAUGAUGUAACCCUCACUGAGGCUGCCUUCAAAUUUCCUGACCUUGCUGCACAGAUUCAGAAAUGUGAGGCUGACACAGCAGGAGGCAGCACAGCUACAGUUGCUCUGGUUUAUGCCAAUAAACUCUAUAUUGCAAAUGCAGGUAACAGCCGAGCUCUACUAUGUAAAACUGACAAUGAGGGUGCUAUGAGGGUCGUGCAGAUCAGCGCAGACCACACCAUCUCUAAUGAAGAGGAACAACUAAGGUUGAAUCAGGUUGGCGUAGACUUGAAUGAGGUGCUAAAGACGGGGCUGAUUGGAAAUGCGGUUUAUACCAGGUGCAUUGGUGACUACAAGGUCAAGGGAGGCUAUAAGGAGAUCAAAUGUCUGAGCCAAGCAACAACGGAACCAAUCAUAUUUGAACCUGAGAUCCAUGGCGGGAUUCCAUUGGAUGACUCAUGUCGAUUCCUAGUUCUCACCACUGACGGCUUGUAUCGGUCAUUAGAAGAUUCCACUGGGACGAAUCACGUCAAUGCAGAUAUCGUGUCAAUGGUCGCAGCAGAGUUUCAAGUGCAGUCUACCCUGAAUGGUGUGGCUCAAGCAGUUGUCGAUCGUGUUGUCCGUAUUCACCAUGACACUUACAUGACAGGUUCUGAGCACCGAAAAUCCCUGUGUCACUAUCGCGAUGACAUCACUCUCCUCGUACGCAACUUUAAUUACCAGCUUCCAAACUCGAUCCAAAGUCCGACAAAUAUAAACAAAGUGAACCCAGUAUCUGUGCCAUUUUAUCAGCCACGCAAGCAAAGUGCACCGACUGUUCUGAUUCCUGAAGUUAAUGCCAGUCUCACAAACCCUCUGCAUGUGGAAGUGAAGCCAGAGUCACCACAGCAGAGUGUCACACGCUUACUCUUAUCUGGGGUGCACCACACAAACUUUCAACAAACUGGCACCUCAACAAUAGCAAGUAGCAUAACCAGUAAUAUUUCUAAUUACACUUCGACUAAUGAAUCAACAGAGGACAGUGGUGAACAGCAGCGCUUUAAAGCGAAAGUGAACAAUAAGCUAGAACUUGAUAAGGAUGGGAAGAUCGCGCCCUAUGUUGAUUUCUCAGACUUUUACCAAGCGAUUGCAGAGCUUUCAGAAGCGCAGAGGGAGUCACUGGAUGCCAAGACUCAACCCCAGUCAUCUUAUGACCCAAUUGAGGAAGAGGCUGAACCACCAGCUGUUGAACCACAGGCUGUAGCCUCUGAUGUCUAAACAAAAUCUUCUGGGGGUGUCCUGUUAAACCAUCAGUUUGAAUCAACCCAACCCAUAGGUGGCACCUGUCAAGAACUAGUUUCAGAAUUGUUUCUCACCUGUCUCUCUUUCUUUAUUUUCGAUGGGUCUUGGAUUACCUGAACACCUUUAUGCUGUUGAUAAAAAAUGACAUGUAUUAGCCUUCUUACCAACUCGGAUGUUUUGGGUGGUCAGUAACUUAUGUAAGCAAUAAUUUAAGAACAUCUUUGUGUAAAGCAGUGCUCGAGCUGCUGUUGGGGCUCGCUGGCUGUAAAUUUGGUACUUAAUAACAUGGUGUUGUAAAAGUCUAUUUAUUUGAUUAUGUAUGCACAUUGAAAUGUACUUUUAGCAAUUAACAUGCCAAAAAGUUCAUCUGUGUCGUGUUACUCAUGGAAAGGAAGUGGUUAUUUCAUAUAUGGUGUUGGCAUGAAAAUAUUGUUGGUAUAAUAAAAUAAG